GUUGUUGCAAUUUUUAGUGAAUAGCGGAAGAUACGGUGCUUUUACAAAUCCAUUGCACAGAAAGGUGUAAUAUUCCGGCAACUAAAAUAAAGUUUUAACAAUUAUAAUAUAAUUUAACAGUACACAUUGCUUAAUUAAUAGAUAAGAAUUUAUUGUUGUGUUAUAAGUGCCAAAAGGCCAAGUGGCAAAUCAAGACAAAUUCAGUAACUUCUCCAAAUAUUCUUGUAAGAAACGCGUGCUGCUUCACAGUCGAAUAUAAACGGCGCAACUUGAAAUCGUAAGUUGUAUGUGCGUGUUGUUAUGUGCUUGCAGAAAGAAAGGAAGGAGAUAAACAAAAAAGUGCAUUUUAUAUGAAUGGCAAUUAAAUAAAUACGAUCAAGUAUAAAAACAAAACAUAUAAAAACACGUGCUAUUCGCGCAGACCACAACAAAUUUUCUGUUGGAACCGCCAAGAAAUUGAAUUUCGUUAGCAAUUUGUGGAGACAAUUGGAAGACGACAUUAACAUAUUAAUUAAUAACACUAAUUCAACUGUAGUUACGGAGAUUAAGAAAUAAAUAAAAAUGGUGCAGGCGCUCGACUACGACUGCCAUGUGCAGCAACAGGACAUCCCACAGGCCAUACAAUUACUCGGUGAGAUGAACAGCAAUGUGAAACAAGUCACCGAUCUAGUCGAAAGCAUGUUGCAGCGCGUCAAACGUGGCGAAUUAACAACAGAAUACGGCCUGAGCUUUCUGGAAGUCAAAUAUCACAUGUUGCUCGAUUAUUUGAUAAAUCUCACCUAUGUAGUGUUACGUAAAUGCUCCGGCGAGACCAUCGAAGGUGAUCCAUCCAUUGAACGAUUAAUCGAAAUACGCACAGUUUUGGAGAAAAUACGACCAAUCGAUCAUAAGUUGCGCUAUCAGAUCGAUAAGCUAGUAAAGACAGCCACCACCGGUGUGUCGAGUAGUUCCGAUCCGAUUUUGUAUAAGCCCAAUCCAGAUAAUAUGCUCACAAAUGCUGGCGGUGAUGACGAUGCCGAUGAGGAUGAAGACGCAAGCGACAAUUCGGCAUCUGAAAGUGAUGAAGAGGAUGAUGAGGAGGGUGAGGCUGGCGUAAAGAAACCCAAAAAGGGUGCUACAGCGGGCAAAACUGGUAUCUACGUGCCGCCCAAAAUUAAGCCAGUCUACUACGAUGGCGAUGAGAAAUCUGUGGAUAAGGAUAAGAAGAUGAUAGAGCGUGCCAAGAAGCGUGCCAUCACCGCCUCAAUGUUGCAAGAUUUGAAAGAAGAAUAUCUAGACGCACCUACCGAAUUAUCUUCCGGCUCACGCGCCCAACAACUGCUCUCCAAACAACAGAAAGAGAAACAAGAAUAUGAGGAGACGUAUAUGACACGUCUGCCCGUGACCAAAGCGGAAAAGCAUCGUCAACGCAAAUUGACCACACUAGCCACACUCGGCGAUGAGAUACUCGGUGAGAUUAGCCGCGAUCCGGCGUUGCGUGGUGAGGGCUCAAGUGGUGGCAGUAAAAAACGUAAAAUGAAGGGCAAAGGUAAAAAGCGUGGCGGCAAGAAGCGGAAGUUCCAUUAAAGAGCAUAGAAAGUUGUCGAAGGCGUAUAUAGGUGGAAUAUAUAUACGUACAUACUUAUAUUGAACGACAAGUAUAAAAUUUAGCAAGUAAAAGCAAACAACAAAAAAAAA